AUGGAGGCUUCCAACUGUAUGGGUGGCAAAAUCGUUACCGAAAAUCAUUCGGUACAAAUUCUUGCGGUGAUUUUUGCUAGCUUAUCAGCUAUCACCUGUGGAAUUGGCUUCUCGUGGUCUUCCCCGUUUGUCUUGAAAAUUUCAAAAGACAAACAGAACUAUGACAUCAGUGAAGAACAAGCUGCACAUUUCACGAUGCUCCCCUUCCUCGUUGUGAUGGUUGUCUGCCCAAUCUUCAGCAAGCUGAGUGAUGUUUAUGGAAGAAAACGUAUUUUGCUCGUAACAUCUUUGGUUGAUGUAACCGUUUGGAUCCUCAAAGCUACAGCGAGGAGUGUGUAUGUUUUCUAUAUCGCCAGACUAUUGGUAGGAGUCUCAGAAGCCAUAAUGUUUGUCGCGCUGCCUGCCUACCUUGGAGAGGUUUCAUCGCCGAAAAUAAGAGGUACGUGGGGAAAUUCGAUGACUGUGUCUUUUCUCCUGGGAGAACUACUAGUAACUGUUGCUGGGAGUUACUUCAACGUUUGGGAGACAAGCUGUAUCUUCAUUCCUAUACCAGUUUUGUUUUUCAUUUUGUUUUCUUUCAUGCCAGAGUCUCCUUAUUUUUACAUAAUGAGAGGAAGAUACGAUGAGGCUAAAAUGUCCUUGCAGAGGCUGAACCGGAAAAAGGACGUGACAGCAGAUUUCUCGUCUCUGAAAGCUGAUGUUGACAGACAGAUGUCGGAGCAUGGAACUUGGAAAGAAACUCUAAAGAUAGACAGCAAUAGAAGAGCUCUUGCUGCAGCACUAUUUCUCAGGGUGUCCCAUAUAGUUGGAGGAGGACACGCCUUUGUGAAUUUCACUCAGUACAUUUUUGAUAAAUCUGAAGGAACUUUCACGACUGAAGUUUCGUCAAUGAUUUUCAUGAGUCUGGUUGUUUCUCUAAGUAUUUUUGCUAGUUUAGGAGUUAAUUGGCUCAGCAGAAGAAAAGCAUAUAUGGGAUCGUUAAUUCCAUGUGCCGCUGUUCUAUUCAUUGAGGCGGUAUACUUUUACAUCCACCAGCACCGACCAGAUGUGAAUAUUAAUUCAUUUCAUUGGAUUCCUAUAGUUGGUAUGAUACUUUACUCCAUAUUCAGCUCUUAUGGCAUCAAUUUGAUGCCCACUUUAAUGUUAGGGGAAUUAUUUUCCACCAGCUUUCGGUUGAAAGCAAUGAGCAUUUUUUUGGUCAUAACUGGAAUCGUGUCUUUUAUUGCUAAUGCCCUAUUCUAUUUCCUCAGUUCUAAGUAUGGUCUUUAUGCGCCAUUUUUGUUCUUUUCAAUUUGUGAUGUGAUCUCAAGCAUUGUUUGCUAUUUCAUUUUACCCGAAACGAAAGAUAGAACUCUAGAGGAAAUCCAGCAAUUGAUGAAAGGAAAUGAGUCGAAAAAAUCAACAGAUGAAAAUGAAAAUUUGAUGUGUUUCGAUGGUAAUUAA